AUGGACUUCACCUCAGAGUCUAACCUGUUCUCUCUGGAUGGCUCAUCCUGGAGUCCAGGUCCCUCCUCCCCGCCGACCGAGGUUUCACCAGUACACAUGGAGGCGGACGAAUAUGCCCUCCACCAUGGCCUCACAUUCCCCGGUAUUGACCCCUGGUCCGACAUUCUCGACGAAACCGGCACCAUUGCUGCCACCAUUGUCGACGUCCAACCCAGUCAUUUGAUCGAAAAUGGAACACUGCAAGAAUGCGCCUUCCGCCCCAUCAUCCCCGCACCGGAGCAAUGGCAGGUGCCGGCUGAGUCAAUGCAACUGCUUCAACAGACCUUUCAACGAUGCACUACGAUUGAGGUUACCGAUCUGAUGGAAGAAUUGUGCUUGGAAGAAACCCCUAGCAUGAAACAGCUCAAGCUCGAACCCCCCAUCAUUCGAAGCGACCACAAUAGCGACUGCCACAGGUUGAGACGGAGAGUCACCUCUUUCCGGAAGGACACGCUGCCAGACCACGGCCUUCCCCUGGAUGAUGCCGAUGUGGCCGAGGGUGAAGGGCUUGAGUUUGCCGAAAAUGCAAAUGCCAUGGAGAAGGAAUUGUUGAAGAAGGCUGCAACUGAGCCGCUCGAGGUUACAAAGGAGACAGUAGGAUAUCUUGUGCAGAUUCUCAAGACGGAGUGGAUCGACAAAGAUCAGAGGGAUCUGUUGGCUAGUAACAGCACUUAUCAUGGUCUUCCAAGUUUUGGAGCUACAGAGCCUCUGUCACCGCCCCUGAGUCCUAUGCUGGAACCAUUCGACGAUCUGUUUGUUCCUGAUGAAGAGACAUGUCGGGUUCCGCAACCUUCUUCUCCAUUUUCUGACAUCAGUGAAGAGAUCCGGGUUGCGGAAAACAAGCUUCUUCGGCAAGACGAGAUUUUUUGGGAUGAGGCGUCGACAGCUCAAAUCUCACCUGACCGCUCUGAUGAUAUGGACAUCACGGACAUGAUAAGAGGUGGGCUCUUUGAGUCAUCAGUGCUGCCACCGAUACACCACCCGCUCUCCGAGCACCCGUAUCUCGACGUGCCAAUAUUUCCACCUCUUCCGCACUCGCAACCUGACGAUGCCUUGUGGCUCGAAGACCUUACACAUGCAGGUGUUCUGACUGAGCCAAGAAGCAUGUCCCCAGAGAUCUAUGAGGAGGAACGCCAUCUUUCAAGGUUCUUUGACGACAAGGCUGCCACGCUCGUGCGGUACGCUGAACAGGAAAGACUCGAGCCACUUGACGCCAUAGCCCGGGUUUCAGUUCCUCUCAUGGACUUCUCGUUGCCGACCCCGGCAUGGGAGCAACAGCUCCAGAGCGCCAGGGCACAAUUCGGCUUUAUUCGAGGGACAACCGACGUCGACUGGCAAGGGACCAAGUGGGGUCACAACAGAGCGGCUGAGCAGCGGAUGGUCUGGACGCCUAUGGCGCAUAUGAAAGCAAAGACAUUUGCACCUGAGGCCAUCAAGGUAGACCAGGGGCACCUUGACCACUUCCUAGGACAUGGAGAAGACGAACAUGUGGUGACAAGUGAAGACCUGGUGCACAAGAAACCAGGACUGAUGAUCUUGCAGAUGCAUCUUGACGACGAUGAAGAAUUACUCCCUUUGUCCUCCACGGGAGACCCGACAUUGACCACUUCACGUGCGAAUCGAGAAGAUGGGAGCUCGAGCGAACCACUGUCCAGGACAACAGUCACACACCGAGCCCGGCCAGUCGAAGAUGGUGUAGUGGAGCCGCCGGUCCCAGGUCCCGUUGCGGUUUUGGCCGGCCAAAAAAGACUUCGAGCAGCUCCCAUAGAGAUACGGCCAAUACCAAGGCCAUCUGCCCACCCACCAACGCGCCGCAUGCUCGGCCUAGCUGAAGGUGAUAACCUCCCGCCGGUCCCAACAACAGAUCUAUUCCGGGGGCUUGUGCAAGAAUACCCUGACUUCAGAACGUUGCUCGAUUCUUUUGUUGCGGUCAACUUCCGCGCUGUAACAGACCGAUCCAACAGCGGCCAUCCCAGCUAUCGGGUCAAUAAACUAUUCGGGGCCACACAACCAGCGGAGUCGCUCCCUGCUCUUCCUGAGAUCCCAGCAGCUGCUCCAGACAUUGCGCCUCCGGAACAGCGGCCCAGAAUAGUUGCAUCCUUCACGGCGGUUGGCCCGAUGGCGCAGUUCUUAGCGAAGCUCCUCCCCGGAAUAGAGAUUGUACGUCGCGACUACAAACUUCACCGACCAGCUACAUGGUUCCCAGGCCUGCGUUCGCCUAACCUUGACGAUGCUGACUUGACAAUAUCCCCUGCCACUGGGAUUAUGCUGCUGACCAUGGUAAAACUGCGUCAAAGGCCCAUGCCAGGCCAACCGGACAAGACAGUGAACUAUCACGGCGUGGUCCAGAAUGCUGCUUUGCGGUACGAGCGGUUGAUCGUCUUUGUGUCUGAGGGCAACAAGUUCAAUGAGGCGAUGACACCGCUGUCUCAGUCAGAUGCAAAGGCGCUGGCCGAGUUUCAGGGAUUUGUGGGCGGUUUGGACACAGAGGUGCGUGUGUUGUAUGUGGGAGGAGGAACCGAGACGCUGGCGAAGUGGGUGGCGAAGACGAUCUGUGACCAUGCCAGCGAGCAAGCUGAUGUGAGGAGCUUGGUGACUCCUCCGGAAACUCACCACGAGGCCUUUCUCUUCCGGGCAGGCAUGAACGUGUUUGCCGCCCAGGUCAUUCUCAAAAGGCUGCCUGUCCCGGCAGAUGACUUGGCCGUAGGAGGCAAGAGAGGGCAGUCGUAUGGAUUGCCGAAGUUUCUGAUGAUGUCGUUGGAGGAUAGAAUCGCCAUGUUUGAGGAAUUGCUUGGGGGGCGGAAGAUAUUGGAACGAGCCAGCCGGGUUCUUGAUGAGCCGUGGGGCCAACAUGCGGUUGGCGAAUAUGACGAUGACGAUGUAUUUGAGGGUUCUGACAUGUAA